GGGUAGGAAUUCACAUCCUCUUCUCUGCGUACCUUGUGUAUGUUUAAUCAAUCUCUGAUUGAUAAUUUUAAAUGUUAUAUGAGAGUUCCGACAUCGAGAUCGAGGCUACAUUGAAAAUACAAACAUACUUCGUCUCCAAUAGCUUGACAGCUUUGAUUGUCCUUCACUAAAGUUUUACAAAGUUAACACUCAUAAAAUCAUUCAAUCUCUUAAGGAAACCCAUCUUUCAGUGAGGUCACUAGAGUCAGAAAUGUUCUCACCACGUGCGUCAAAGGCCCCCAAUCGCCCGAAGCAAGAGUCUCGUGAAUCAACCUUCUUCGCAACGGAAGAUGAAAUGGCUGCUAUUGACGGUGGUUCGCCAAUGGAGAUCGACAGUAGAAACGAGAACGAAGUCGAUCGUCUGAUCAUUUCAACUGAUUUCGGAACGACAUUCAGUUGUGUGGCUUUUGCCAGCACAAAAAAUGAUAUCGGAAUAGUGAGGGGAUAUGCCACCGAUCCAAUGACAAUCCAGAAAAAGCCCCGAUUUGACGUGCCGACUGAGAGUUGGUACCUGACCAAAGCCAAGAUGGAAGAACUAGCGGCAGAGAACAAUCAAGACAUGGAUGAGCCGAUGCUGAGAUUUGACGACGAUGAUGACUCAGACGAUGAUAGUUUCAAUGGUGCUCAAGACCAAUAUGGUUUGACGCCAAGGAUCAUGUAUUGGGGUUACGAGGUGCAAGACAAACUGAGUGAGCCGGAUUUGGAUAAGAAACAAUACUAUUCUAUCAUGCGUUCGAAACUGUUGUUGGACACCAGUUAUGAGACUGAGAAGAUCCGCGAGGAAUUGAAACCAACCUUGAAGACUCUCAAGGCUAAAAAGUACAUCAAAUCCAACGAGGAUGUUAUUGUUCAAUACCUGGAACAGCUCUUUUUGCAUACGAAGAGAUACCUAAGAGACAUCCGGAGACUCAAAGAUACAACAAUCGUGGAGCAUGUUUUAUGCGUACCUGUAAUCUGGUCGCCAAGUGCAUGCAGAAAAAUGCAAAGCGCCAUGGAAAUCGCCAUUCAGCGAUCGAGCCUUGGUAGCAUUAACAACCUGUUUCUUGUAUCGGAACCUGAAGCAGCGGCAGCUUACGUGCUGAAAUACAGCAAAAGCAUUGGUCGAGGAGAAACAUUCAUACUUUUAGAUGCCGGUGGAGGAACAGUUGAUACCACCACGUACACUGUUAGCAAGGAGCAUCCCCUUAAAUUAAUGAGAGAAGAGGUAACUGCGGCAGGCGGACUUUACGGCUCCAGCUACUUGAACGAAGCGUUUGGAGAACAUCUGUUUGGUCGUCUGGAGAGUGAAAAGUCCGACAUAGAGAUCUAUGGGAAGACUAUUCAAGGAAUUGUUGACCAACAAACAAUAAAAUUCGAAAAUUCAUUGAAGAGAGCUAUGGAUGUGACAAAUGAGAAUAUGGCACCGAUUUUUCUUAAUAUCGACGGCCUUCGCGAAAAUCCAGCAAAGGGCUUUUUAGAAAACCGCAUUAAAAUCAAGAGAAAUGAUUUCUGGAAAAUAUUUGAAAGAUGUCUUCGAGGCAUUAUGGAUUUGAUGCUCAAUCAGAUCAAGCUGUCAAUGGAGGCUGGGCUCAUUAUAAAGAAAGUCAUAUUAAUUGGAGGAUUUUCUAACAAUCCAUCUCUCAGAAAGAUAUUGGAAAGACGCCUAAGAAAGCUGACCAGAGAAUCGGGGGUUUGUAUCGAACUGGAAACAGUAAAUGAUCCAGAAUACCUAGAAACUGCGAUGGCCAGCGGCGGAAUCUUGCGAGCAUUUAAUAAGGACAACGAUGAGCUCGAGAGAAUUAGCUUAUGCAGCUACGGAUUCUUCUUGCAGGAACCACACGAUCCCAUAGGCAUUCCAGCACAUAAGAACGUUAAACCAAUACUCGAUUCUGGCGAUGGUGUACCAUAUUUGGAGGUGUUGGACUGGGUAGUCAAGAAGGGAGAAAUCAUCCCGGCCGAUAAAGAAUAUCGUAUGGACGUACAUUUUAUCUUUCCCGCAACACAAAACAAGUUUAUUUAUAAACAAGAGCUAUAUGUCUCAGACACUAGCACAGAGCAACAUUACAAAUUCACACACCCUAAGAACAGAGGGGCUCAAAUAGCUGGAAUCAUUCAUUUGGACUUCGUCGAAUUGAUCAGAUCUGGAACUAUCCAGGAGACAAUAGAGCAGGAAGGUCGCAAACUAUUGAGGUAUUAUAGAGUCGAUUUCGAGCUUGUUAUGAAAGUAAAAGGCCGAAAUUUGGAGAUAGAAGGUUGUAUUGGGGGAGAAACAUUUGGUGGUCAGCAAAUCAGUAUUGCAGCAGCCUUCGUCCCUGGUACAAAGUAGCCUUGAGUAGAUCUGGUAAGGAUAGAUGGUAGAAAGUUCAUAAGGUCUCAUUUCCUUCCUGAGCUCGCUGGCGACGUUGGUGUUCGAUAGAGCUAUCUUUGGGUACGAUCAAAAGUACCCGUUUCAAAGGGACAAGUGCUAGGCGGCACGAGACUCCCCCCUUAUUCUGGAAGCUGUCUUCGUGGCGAUUUGGGUUAAUGCUUCUUUA